UUUUAAUAAUUGUUCACAGUUUUUUGUUUUUUUUUGUUUUUCCAUGUCGUCUGGUGUUAUGAUUGAGAUGAGGAUGAAGGCAUGAGAGAUAAUGGACGUUUUACUGUGCAAAACCACAGCAUAAGGAAAAGUGCUGAACACGGACUGCGAGAGGAAUAACAUAAUCUUCAAUACUGCGAUAUAUUUCCAGGACCGGAACCGAAUUGUGACUCACUGAACAAACGCAGCACCCUCGUGCCUGCAGGGCAGCGGUACAAUGAACCCAGAGCUGCCAGAGGCUUCUGAACAGGAUGAAGACACUAAAAACCUGUGGAACAUCCUCUACAGACGACAACAGCUCCAAAACCGCCUUCAGUUUCUACAGGAGAUCCAAAAGAAGAACAACAGAAUAGAGGAAUGCCAUGCAAAUGAAGAUGGACCUUCAGAACUGGACAGAAUAGAAGAGGAGCUGAAGGAGCUGGAACAAAAGGAGAAGGACCUAAUUCAGAAAAGAAGCCAAUGCUCAACAACAGUAUCCACAGACAAAGAUCCAAUUCAAGCUCCAAUCCAGGGACUUUACGUUCUCCCCAUUUCUCCAGCUGAACCUAUUAAUCCCGCCAUUAUUCUGCCAGGUUCCACAGUACCCCUGGAUGAAGUCACCAUGUCCCCUGCCAAAGUAAAAUGCCCCUCAUGCCAUAAGAUUGUCACCACUGAGAUUCAGUAUAAAUUGAGCAGCAAUGCCUUCCUCUUUUGCUGUCUCCUGUCUGUGGUGGGGUGUGUGGCCGGAUGUUGCCUGGUCCCCUUCUGUUUGAAUCGCUUCAAAGACGUGGCCCACAGUUGUCCGUCCUGCAACAAAGAAAUCUGUGCAGUAAAUAGGAUUUAAAACAGAGUAAAAUAGUUCUUGACCUGUGAUGCGACUUGAAAUAAAAUUCCCCUGAAGACGCUGUCUGGACAUUGGGGAAUUCUCUCUCUCUCGUUGUCCUGUUGACAGAAUUGUGUAGUCAAUACAUAGACAAGCAAAAUACAUGUACAAACAAAUGCAACCACAGUCAAGGUAAACAAAUAAUAACUGACUAUUCACAUUAAGGCGAUUUGAGGUGAUUUUGUACCUCUGGCCGCCAGUCAUUCGUAUUAGCCACUUCUAAUAGAAUUGCUUUUAGCGUGAUAUAAUCAUAGUCAUGACUAGUGGUGGAAGAAAUUCAUAAAUCGUGGACUUCGGGGUUUAUUAAACCCCAAAGACUCAAAUAACUGAUUUCAGUAAAAACAGUACUUUUGCUAAAGAGUUAUACCACAUAGUCGCGUACUUCAAGUACUGCUAUGCAUAUAUUCUGAAUAUGCUGCAGUCAUAACUAUUGUGGACAGAGAGAGGAAUUUGGAUAACAAUACAAGCCAUCUAGACAAAAGAUAUUUUGCAUUGUGCUUGUAACAAUAUUAACUGAUAUUCAAAUGAAAAUGGUCAUGUUUGAGUGGCAUUGAGGAUUCCUGGAAUUUAAUACUAGUUUGCAUUCAUGUAAUAGUCAGGUAAAUGAGCUUGAAGAACAGUUAUACAGAACAACACUGUAUUGAAUGUCUCUGAAAACAAUGUUUCUUUAUUAUACAUAUCUCUUUUACAUAAUGGAAGAGGCUAAAGGGCUUUUCACAACUGAAAUGAUUAAUCCUGGGUUGUUAUAAACCUUGGGUAAACAGAAUCCUAACUAGGGUUAACAAUUAAUCCUUCAACGUUUCACACUGUAACCACAAAUCAUUGGCGUAUGAUCAUUAUAUGCAGUGUCAUUGUGCUAUGUGACCUGUUUACAUAAAGGCUUUAAGUUCUGAUGUACAUAUUGUUAACUUGUAGCGCCUCACUGCUGCAGAUUCAUUAAGGCAAUAGUAGGAUGUUCAUGUCUUGUUGUAAUUACCAAUAUCAUAACAUGUAAAAAGGAUAUUUCUGUAGAACACGUUAUCACAAAGAUCUGGAAAAGUUUGACCAGCUAUAUAUACUCAUUAAGGAGCUAUAAAUGUUCACUUGUCAUGUCAUAAUUAUGAGAUUUAGGGAUGCUCAAUAUAUCGGUAUUGGCUGAUAAAUGUUUAUUAGAGUUAGGUUCAAGAAUAGCGCUGAAACCCUUUAAUUGUUAGAAAAGAACCAAAAGUUGCGCAGUCAGAUACUCCAGCCUGAUCUCACGAGAAAACAUAAGUAUUUUACGUUUUGACAGUUUAGUGGCUAAUUCGUACGAAUUCGUACGAGUUCAGUCGUACGAAAUUGUACGAUUUUAAAAAGGAGGCGUGGCACCUAACCCCACCCCUAAACCCAACAAUCAUUGGCGGAUGAGCAAAUCGUACUAAAUUGUACGAAUUAGAUCGUACGAAUUCGUACGAAUUAGCCACUAAAUCAAAAAGUUACGAAUUGCCGUGAGAUUGUGUUGGAUACUCCGGAGAUAUCAAAAAAGUAGACAUUUCCAUUCAGGUCCGACACAGGAUUUUUAAUUAUUUUUUACAAAAAUCUCCAUAACUUUGGAAAAUAACGAAGUAACAUAACCAAACUCGAAUGAAUGAGCUUAAUUUGAGGCCACUGUAAGCAAAGUUUUAUCAAAUGGAGGACCGCUAGUCUGAUUGACUCGCAAUCUUUGACCAAGGGGGUACUGGGUCACCAUGGGGUGAUAUUGCUAUUUAAUUGUAUAAGUGACUGUAGAUUUCCCAAUGAGUAUGUUUACAUGGACACCAAUAAUCUGAUUUUAAUGCGAUUAAGUCAAUACUUUGAUUAAGAGUCUAACAUGUAAACAGGGAUUUUUGAUUAAUUCGAUUAUGGUCAUAAUCAAACUAAACAGAAAUUGGAUUAAGGUAUGUGGAGUAUGCCGAUUUUAGUCGCAUUAUUGAAGUGCAGUACAGACAUGUAAACACUGCAAUUAAACUAUUACCAUCGUGUAGGAUUUUGCGACAGUAUAGUCUAUAUACACACACAGCUGUUUGACACUAUUCUCUGCACCUACAGAGUCAGUAAAGAACCACAGACACCUGCAUCGUGUACACUUUUCCAGCAGUUGAUACUCGCAUUUAAUUUCUUGUUUGUCACAGGGGGCAUGCAUGAAAUGAUCCUGAAUGAAAGUGAAGGUGCCAAACUGCAGUUAAAGUGGAAAAAUUAAAAAUGAAACACCCGAAAUUACAUGAAACUCUGGAGGAAAUGUGGAUAGUGUUGUGAUGCAAGGACAUUAAUCGAAUUAUGUGUUAUGACAUAUAAAACGGGAUCAUGAAAGGAACAUUCAAAAAGUAACUCAAGUAAACACCUUAAUCAUAUUAAUGUCUUAUUCAGUUUAAGUCAAGUAAUUUGAUUACUGAUGUUCAUGUAAACGUAGUCCAGAGAAAUUCUUAACUUUGGUAAAUCCAAGAAGCGCAUAUAACACCGUUCUAAAGAAGCAUGACAAUGUUAAACACUUCACCCAAUUGGUUGCGCUACAACUGUUAAAAAAGAUUUCUUGUAUUUUUGUCACACUUCGAAUUAGUUAACAAUUUAUUCAAUCAUAAUUUAUUACAUUUUUACAAAAACACAUCGUUUUUUUCUUAAUCACUUGAACCCCGAACACUGCUGCUUGCAGCUAAAUAUUUGAAUGUUACCGUUCUCAGAUAAUUACCAGCCCGAUAAACUGAAAUCGAUAAAAUUGCUUCUGAAAAAUCGAUUGGUGAAAAAAUGUACAUGACACAUCGUAUAUGACAUCUGGAAAAAAAAUGUAUUUGCUUUUUACAAUUAAGCUUAUAAAUAUUAAUAUCACGAUUUAAAUGAAUCAACCUAUGAUAUAGGUUAUUAGGUUCAAAUUUAAUGCUUUAUCGGUUUAGGUUAAAAUAGUUUGCAUCCUGGAUAAAAUUACAACAUGUAAAAAGCAUUCAUGGUGUUGUAAAACUAGUAAUUACAUAUUGUAAAAUGAGACAUUUCUGAGAGUUAUGAUCAAGAUCUGACCAUUGUCACUGCCACAGGUUCAUUUACCCCAUUUGUUUACCCACUAAUAAUGCAUGAUUCCAAAAGGGAGGAUGUAAACAACUCAAAUUAGUAAUUUUAAACAUCCCAAAAUUGCGGUAAUUAUGACAUGGCAUUACCAUGGCUAUCCAGAUAUAGUAUUGCCACAGAAAUGCAUCGUUCGCAGAAUGCGACCAAGGCCAGAUGUGCAAAACCUUGCUUUUACCCCGGGUUAAAUGUGGCAUUUAGAGUUGAGAGCAUUGUGAAAAGCCCUUAACUGCUAUUUGAUUGCAUUGCUUGCAUUUGAUGUACAAUAUCAAACAUCUGUAUAUACUGUUUAAGCAUUUCCAAUGACACAAAUAAACACUAAU